CGUGCGGCGGUGUUUGUGUGUGUGAGGCGGCCCAGUGAGCUGGAGCCGGAGCUCGAGCCGGAGUCGGAGUGGAAGCGGCAGUGGGGGUGCAGAGCCGGCUGGACUGGGCUGUGUGUGGCCGAGGUCGGGCCCGUGCCUGUGGGAGGAGAAGCCGGUCGGUCGGGCAGCCGGCGGGUGGGGUGGGCUGGUCUAGCGGGCGGGGGUCUCUCCCCCCCCCCGCCCCCCCUUCCUCCCCCCGAGCUCCGGCCGCUCUUUGUCUCGGGGAUUGUCGCCGAUCGGAUUCGCUCAGGUCGCCGCCAUCAUGUGGAUAUUUUCCGAGUUCAUCCCGCCGCCCGAGUGCCCGGUGUUCGAGCCGAGCUGGGAGGAGUUCACUGAGCCGCUGGGCUACAUCAACAAGAUCAGGCCCAUCGCCCAGAGGAGCGGCAUCUGCAAAAUCCGCCCGCCCAAGGACUGGCAACCACCUUUUGCCUGCGAGGUGAAAAAUUUCCACUUCACACCCAGAAUACAGCGACUCAAUGAGCUGGAGGCACAAACGCGAGUGAAGUUGAAUUUUCUAGAUCACAUAGCAAAAUUCUGGGAACUGCAGGGAUCCACGCUGAAAAUCCCACAUGUGGAAAGGAAAAUGUUGGAUUUAUACACGCUCAGUAAGGUGGUUGCAAGUGAAGGUGGAUUUGAAGCACUGUGCAAGGAGAAAAAAUGGGCAAAGGUCGCCAGUCGAAUGAGUUACCCACAAGGAAAGGGCAUUGGUUCACUGCUACGGUCCCACUAUGAGAGGAUUCUAUAUCCCUAUGAGUUGUUUCAGACAGGAGCCAGUCUCUCGACUGCUGAAAACUCUUCUAUGCAAAUUUUUCCUGGCUGUGUUAAAACCUUGAAUCAGGGUGAUCCUUCUGAAGACGAUUUUGCCAGAAACCCAGAGCUGCGGAAACUUCAGAUCUUUGGUGCUGGACCCAAAAUGAUGGGCCUGGGUCUCAGGACAAAGAACAGAGAGGAUGAGGAGUUUUCAGUGACUGUGAGGUCGACGGGACACCGGAAGAAUGCAGAGAUACAAUUACCUCGCAUGCAAAUGAGACAGCGGAAAGGAGCUCUGGCUGUUAACUUUAUUGACCUGUACGUUUGUCUUGUCUGUGCACGUGGGGAUGAUGAAGACCGCUUGCUAUUAUGUGAUGGUUGUGAUGAUAGUUACCACACAUUUUGUCUCAUUCCUCCCCUUGUGGAUGUGCCUAAGGGAGACUGGCGAUGUCCCAAGUGUGUGGCUGAGGCAUGCAGCAAGCCUCCUGAGGCAUUUGGCUUUGAGCAGGCAGUCAGGGAGUACACGCUCCAGAGCUUUGGUGAGAUGGCAGAUAACUUCAAAUCGGAUUACUUCAACAUGCCAGUACAUAUGGUCCCAACUGAGUUAGUCGAGAAGGAGUUUUGGCGACUUGUAAGUAGCAUUGAGGAGGAUGUUAUUGUGGAGUAUGGUGCUGACAUUACCUCAAAGGAGUUUGGCAGUGGAUUCCCAGUCAAAGAGACCAAAAGAAGGCUGCUGCCUGAAGAGGAGGAAUAUGCCAGUUCUGGUUGGAACUUGAACAACAUGCCUGUCCUGGAACAGUCCGUAUUGACUCACAUCAACGCAGACAUCUCUGGGAUGAAGAUUCCUUGGCUUUAUGUGGGAAUGUGCUUCUCCUCCUUCUGCUGGCACAUCGAAGACCACUGGAGCUACUCCAUCAACUACCUGCACUGGGGAGAGCCGAAGACUUGGUAUGGGGUGCCGGGUUAUGCUGCUGAACAACUGGAGCUUGUAAUGCGGAAGCUGGCUCCAGAACUCUUCCAUUCUCAGCCAGAUCUGCUGCACCAGUUGGUGACCAUCAUGAAUCCCAAUAUUCUUAUGGAGCAUGGAGUCCCGGUGUUCCGAACAAAUCAGUGUGCUGGUGAGUUUGUGGUUACUUUCCCAAGAGCCUAUCACAGUGGAUUCAAUCAGGGCUACAACUUUGCAGAAGCAGUGAAUUUCUGCACUGCAGACUGGCUCCCCAUGGGCCGUCAGUGUGUCAGCCAUUACCGACGCCUCCAUCGAUAUUGUGUGUUCUCACAUGAAGAGCUGAUCUGCAAGAUGGCAGCUGAUCCGGAAAGUUUGGAUGUUGAGUUGGCCGCUGCUGUCUACAAGGAGAUGGUGACCAUGAUUGAGGAGGAGACACAGCUGAGAAAGGCAGCCUUCCAAAUGGGGAUAGUUGAUUCUGAACAGGAGGCAUUUGAGCUACUGCCAGAUGAUGAACGUCAGUGUGAGACAUGCAAGACAACAUGCUUCCUAUCUGCUGUUACCUGUGCCUGCGACUCCAAUAGGCUUGUGUGCCUUUAUCAUAUUAAUGAUCUGUGCAGCUGCCCAGUGACGAACCACUGUCUCAGGUACCGUUACACACUGGAUGAGCUCCCAUCAAUGCUUUACGGAGUGAAAGAGCGAGCCCAGUCAUAUGACAACUGGGUGGAUAAAGUGAGAGAAGCCUUGGAAGCAGAACUUAAUCACAAGAAAGAUCUUUGUGAGCUGAAAACCCGUUUGGAAGAGGCAGAAGAGAAGAAAUUUCCUGAGAAUGACCUGCUCCGGCAGCUGCGAGCAGCUGUGAAAGAGGCAGAAACUUGUGCCUCUAUUGCCCAACUGCUGGUCAGCAGAAAGCAACGCAGCAGAAAUAAAUCAGAUGGUGGAAAGACUCGGACAAAGCUAACUGUCCAUGAGUUGAAGGCGUUUGUGCACCAGCUGUACAGCCUGCCCUGUGUCAUCAGCCAAACCCGACUGGUUAAGGAGUUGCUGGACAGUGUGGAGGAAUUUCAUGAACGUAGUAAGGACGCUUUAUCUGACGAAAUUCCUGAUUCAUCCAAGUUGCAACUGUUGCUAGAACUUGGCUCCGGGUUAGACGUGGAGUUGCAGGAACUGCCCAAACUGAAGCAGCAUCUCCAACAGGCUCGCUGGCUUGAUGAAGUUAACCUCACUCUCUCAGACCCUGCCAAAGUCACUCUGGAUGCCAUGAAGAAACUCAUAGACUCUGGCAUUGGUCUGGCACCACAUAGCGCAGUGGAAAAGGCAAUGGCUGAUUUACAGGAACUCUUGACUGUGUCUGAACGUUGGGAAGAAAAGGCCAAGGUUUGUCUACAAGCCAGGCCAAGGCAUGGUAUGGCGACUCUGGAUGGUAUUGUAAAUGAGGCAAAGAAUAUUCCUGCAUAUCUGCCUAAUGUGCUGGUUCUUAAGGAAGCUCUGCAGAAAGCGAAAGACUGGAUGGCCAAAGUAGAAGCUAUUCAGAAGGGCUCUUACAAUGCAUAUCUGGAUCAGCUGGAAAAUCUACUAGCAAGAGGACGUCCAAUCCCUGUACGGCUUGAUCCCCUUCCACAAGUAGAAUCCCAAGUUACAGCUGCUCGAGCCUGGAGAGAACGCACUGCCAGAACCUUCCUGAAGAAAAACUCCACCUACACGUUGUUACAAGUGCUGAGUCCCAGGACAAAUAUUGGAGUUUACUGCAGUGGAAAGAAUAAACGGAAAAAAAUGAAAGAAUUAUUGAUGGAGAAAGACAGAGAGUUAGAUUUGGAGAGCCUGAGUGAUUUAGAAGAGGUGACUGGACAAUCCAGUGACCCAGACACAGUUAUUGCAGGCUUCCGUGUAAUGGAGCAGAAAGAGUGUGAAGCCAUGCAUUCUCUGAGAGCAGCAAAUCUGGCUAAAAUGGCAAUGGUGGACCGAAUUGAAGAGAUCAAGUUCUGUGUCUGUCGCAAAGUAGCCAGUGGUUUUAUGCUUCAAUGUGAACUUUGUAAAGACUGGUUUCACAGCACCUGUGUUCCUCUGCCCAAAACGGGCACGCAGAAGAAAGGACUUGGUUGGCAAACGAAAGAAGUGAAGUUCUUGUGCCCGUUGUGUAUGCGUUCUCGGCGACCACGUCUUGAAACCAUUCUCUCAUUGCUCGUUUCCCUUCAGAAGCUUCCAGUCCGUUUACCAGAAGGGGAUGCCUUGCAGUGUCUAACAGAAAGAGCAAUGAGCUGGCAGGAUCGGGCCAGGCAAGCCCUAGCCACAGAUGAGCUCUCUUCUGCGCUUGCCAAACUGUCUGUGCUGAGCCAGCGCAUGGUGGAACAGGCAGCAAGGGAAAAAACAGAGAAAAUUAUUAGUGCUGAGUUACAGAAGGCAGCUGCCAACCCAGACUUGCAGGAACAUUUGCAGAGUGUCCAACAGUCUGCUUUCAGCAGGAGCAUUGGGAGUUUGGCAAACUCACCCAGAAAAUCUCUUGAAUUAGAAGAGGAGGAGACAGACUCUGAUGAUGAUAUCAGAGACACGUAUCGCUAUGAGAAAAAAGAUGGUGCCAGCAGUGUAUCGUCAGGCAGCUUGGAACCAAACCUGUUCUGUGAUGAAGAAAUUCCAAUAAAAGCAGAGGAAGUGGUGUCACAUGUGUGGCCAGCCACACCAUCUUUCUGUGCAGAACAUGCUUAUUCUUCAGCAUCAAAGUCUUUCUCGCAAGGUACUGGAACGCCACGGAAACAACCACGGAAGACACCAUUGGUGCCACGUAGCUUGGAGCCCCCAGUCCUCGAGCUAUCACACAGUGCGAAGGUUCAGCUGGAGGAGCUGAUGAUGGUGGGAGACCUUCUGGAAGUAUCCCUAGACGAGACACAGCACAUUUGGAGAAUACUGCAGGCAACGCACCUUCCUGCUGAGGACAGAUUUCUGCAUAUAUUAGAGGAUGAUGGCCCAGAGGAGAAAUCCAUCAGAAUUAAAGUCAAGGAUCCCUCUGAUAAAAAACGAAAGCGAAAACUGGAUAAAACUGAAUUGUUCUUAGGGGAGAGCAAGAAGUUAAAGGAACUGAGAAAAUUCGACAAGCCCAAAAAGAAAAAGCUGAAACUGAACCCUGAGAAAAUGAAAGAACAGACCAAACUAGGGAAGAAAUUGGGAAAAGAAGAGAAAGAGAAAGAGAAGAAGAAAAAAGAGAAAUCCAAAGAGAGUGCUGAGAAAAUAUUAGAGAAGAAGAAAGAAAAGAAAGUAAUUUUACCAGCUCGGGAGGAUUGGUCUGCAGCAGAGGACUCGGAGGAUGAAAAUGCUGUUUGUGCUGCGUUGAACUGUCAGCGGCCCUGUGGAGAAGAGGUCGACUGGGUGCAAUGUGAUGGCGGCUGUGAUGAAUGGUUCCACCAGGUCUGUGUGGGUGUCUCUUCUGAGAUGGCAGAGAAUGAGGAUUAUAUCUGUACUGCAUGUACCAGGCAAGUGGCUCCUGACAUCAGAGCAACUGGGCAAGAGCUGACUGGAAUUUACACUGCCACAUCUUUCUUGGAGGAUUCAAAGGACAGCAGCUAGUCCCACGUUACUGACUUUCAUGGAAGUAUUGUCGAGUUAUUUGCUUUAAACAGGACCAUGGUCAUAACUGAUGUGCACAGCACUCUGCCAAAAAUGCCACGCAGCCACAUUUUUAAGGACAGGUGUGAAGAAUAUGGUUAAGAAUAGUGUUGUGAAAAAAGGUGAGGUUAGAGACAAUUCUGUGCUCCACAGUGUGAGAAAAAUGACGCUGUCAUAUUUGGUGGAGCUGGAAUAGUAGGAUGGGGAAAACCACAACAAGGAUAGCUGUGGGGGAGGGGCAGCAGGGUUACCAGGGGACCUGGUAGAAGGGGUGCUGGGGAAGAAGUAAACCAAAUGGAAAGGGAACUGGGGGAUAGUGGUGGUGGGUGGAAGGGAAAACAAGAAGUGGGUGCUUAAGUGAGGAGUAGAGGGCCAGUUUCCACAAUACAUCCCCCUUGGGGACACGGAAGAGGGCAAGAGCAUCAUUACUUUUAAAACCUAAGUAUUUAAUCUUUCACACCUUUUAAAGUAAUUUUAAUUACAUUGAAAUCUGUUUAGUCAGUUUAAAAUUGGCCUUUUUGCUUACACCUUCGGCAUAUUUUGACGAGCUUCAUAGCUGGCCCUUUGAAAAUGUAGGGUGUGUUACAGUCAGGUGUUGGCAGUUAAUGUCCUCCCUGCACCAUCUGGAGUCUGUCUUGGAUAACAUGAGUUGUAAGUCUGCUGCAGAGAUAUUUUCAGAUGCUGUAUAUGUACAGUGAGCAACAAUACCUCAAAUAGAGUGCACACAUGAGAUCACAUUUAAUGGAGUGCAUGCACCAAUUAUGCCUUGGGACCCAGCUAAACUAACGGGAACAAACAUAUUCUUCCUAGGUGCCCAGUAAUUUUAUGUAUUUAUGCAGGUUUUGCUGUAAGAUACUAGGUUGUUUAGACUUUUUUGCAGAAGUUUUUUUGUUUUAUUUAUCUUUUUUGUUUUUUUUCUAAACUUGUUUGAGAAAUCGAAAAUCUUUUUUUGUCUAUGUAAUAUGUAUCAGGAUGUAAUGUCUUUACCUGUGUCUGAGGAGAAAAACGCUUGUCGCAACUUACACACAGAAUACAGCAACCCUAACAACU